UUUCCACUAUAAAUGCCUAAAAAAAGAAACAUAGAGGUUAUAUAUUUUUAAACAUGUAUACAUUUAUCUCCAUAAGAAAAUCUGAAUACAAGCUGGCCGACUAAAAGCUACUGUGGACCAAACAUUUAAAAUAUUUUGUUAAAAUAAACUGCUUUGUAAGAACCUCUGUAUAAACUAGGGCCAAAGAAAUAGCAAACCUCUGGGGGUGCACACUGUUCUGUUUCUUCUAAACGUCAUUCCGCCCCAGAGUGUUGUCCCCAGAUCUGUAGAAUUGUUUGGAAUGGAUUCAAUUUUCGUGCAAGUUGCUGCCCUCCCAGGCUGUAUAAUAGCAGAGCAAUGCUGCUCUCCGCCCAGCUGCCAGGGUGACGCUGUACUCCACUCUCGCUGGUCUGCGCACCUCCACCACAGGUGGAAUAUGUAAAUAUAUAGUCCAACCCAAUCUUCAGUGCGAGUAGUACAUUGGCUUCUAACAUGGAGAUCAAAGAUCUACCACUUGAGAAAUGGACUGAAAACCAUGUGAGCACCUGGUUGGAAUUAAUAGGAUUGAAAGAUCAAUACAUACAGAAACUUCAUGAGGAUGAAGUUACAGGGCCAGUCCUCAAGGGGAUAACAGAAGACUUUCUAAAAGCCAAGACUGGGAUGAAACCUGGCCAAAUCGAUCUUCUUUUGAGUAAAAGAAAUGAACUGUUAAAAUCUCCACAACAGCACGAGACACAAAGCAAUGAACAGCCUGUUCUCCAGAAGAAAGAAGCAAAGGGUUCCCCUGCUGAAAAUAAAAGAAAUGUAGGAAAGAAGAACCGGAAGGUGAGCGUGGUGAAGGAACCAGGUCCUGCAAAGGAAGAGAGCAGUACAGAAAAAACAAAGACUGACAGCGAGUCAUCAUGCAAGAGAGACUGUAACCCUCGGCCGUUUGAUACAGGUGACAUAGACUUUAAAUAUGUGAAGCACACAGUCCUACAGCCAGAAUCAGGAAUCAUAGACCGAAUCACACCCUGUCAUGAGUAUAAGUCUUUUGCCACCGCUGCACUGUUAGAUAGAACUCAAUUGCAAGCAAAGUUUGCAAACGAGGUUCUCAGAUUUGCCUGUGGUUGUAUGAAUGUUCGUACAAAUGGCACAAUACACUUUGGUGUCAUGGACAGUGUGGAAAAUACUAGGCAUGUACAUGGAGAAAUAAUUGGUGUACCUGUGAAUGACAGAGACUUCUAUGUCGAUGCAUUGGAUUACAUAGAGAGAUGUUUCAUGACCCCUUCUCAAAAAGAAGAAGCGCGGCUGUGUAUACGACUGCCGAAGUUCAUAGAAGUCAUUCACAGAGACAGCCAAUUAAAACACUGGGUGAUCGAGGUAGAUAUUGUACCCACAGUAAAGACUGUGAGAGGUCAAAUAUACUUAGUUCGUCUACCUAAAUUUAAUGAAAAAUCAAAUAAGGUUGAACUUGACAAGAAAAGAGUCUAUCGCAGAGUUGGGGCCAAGACAGAACCAAUCAGUGAAGAUGAUCACAUUGAGUUUAUUGCUGGCAUGCAAGAAAGGGACAAGAGAAGAGAAGAAGCAGAAUCCACAAGUUAUCAAAAUCCAUCACUGCAUUCGGAAGAUCUGGGAAGAAAGCUGUCUCUCCUUUUAACUUGUGGCAAGAAUCGUAUAGAUAAUUCCCAAUGGUACAUUCUUGUCACAAACAAAUGGGAAACGGAGAGUUUGAAGUAUACCAACUUUUUACUGAACAUGAAUAUCUUCUGUGUAUUUGAUUUUGACCCAGACUCAAAAUCAUCUGGAUUGUGUAGUCAGUAUGAGGAGCACCAUGCAGCCAGCCUGCACUUCUUGAAGGAUUACACCAAUGAAAGUGGGCAGAGCAUCAGUGACUUUAUAAAGCACUUGCACUUGUUUGAUCAAACCAGUUGGAUAUUCUGCAAUGGGCGCAGUGAGUACCUUGGUGAUGAAAAUUCCUGUGAUGAAAAGACAUGGAUCAAAACCAAGAAAAAACACCUUAAAAAGGCAAUAUCGGUGAUUUGCAAUGAAAUUCUUCCAACGGGCUCAUUUGUUGUACUUUUUCUUUUGAUGUCUCCUGUUGAACAGCCACUUGUUCAUACUUUUCAUGAAUUCUAUGCUGAAAUGAAUGGCAAUGACUAUAUAGUUUCCAUUUCAGAAUCAAAAGAAAACUUCACCAAGUGGGCUAGCCAUGCACAGGAUUCUUGCAGCCUUGAAUCACUGAAUUGUGCAAGCAUAGUUGGAAUGAAAAUAAGCCAUAUAGAUGAAACAGUCCAAAGCAUACAGCCCAUUAAGACACGGACAACCAAACAUUUAAGGGUCUUUAACAAGGGGUUGUGUUCACUCAAAAGUGUUGAGGAAGAAAGAAUGUUGUCCCUGGAAAUACUGAGUAUUGAUCAAUGUGAUGAUAUCAAAAGUGUUGAUGAGGACUUUGUCAAAAAUACUGAAGGGCAUUUUUAUCAAGGAGGGAAAGUACGCUGGGAACAUUUUUGGCUAGCAGACAACACACACUGUGGCGAAUUCAUUCUGCGUGAUGCAUACAGAGAUGUAGCAAAAAUUUUAGACUGCAUUUUAAAGUCGAAUCCACCGAAAAAAUCUGUGGAAAGAAUCAACAUAUACCAUCAUCCAGGCAGUGGUGGAAGCACUGUUGCACGACAGCUGCUUUGGAACUUCAGAGGGGAUCUGAGAUGCGCAGUUGUAAAACCUUCUUACCCUGUUACAACGGUCUGUGAGCAUGCCAUCCAGUUCCGAGAAUAUGAGGAAAAGGACAGAAAUAAUUGUCUUCCAGUUCUCUUAUUGGUGGAAGACUGUGAUGAAGAAUACCUUGACGAGCUGAGACACGAAUUAGGAAAUGCCAUUGCCUCUAUGAAAAUCAGCCCAUCAACAUUAUGCUUUAUUCUGUUGAGCUGCGGAAGAUCUCAUGAUCCUGAAAAGAUGUACCGGGCCCUACCAUUACAAACAGUUGCUGUCACACACAAACUGACUGAGAAGGAAAAGAAAUUGUUUGCUCAGAAACGCAGGAACCUUGAACAACAAUACGAACCACAGUUCAUCCUGACUUUUGUUUUGAUGAGUGAAGAAUUUAAGGAACAAUACAUUAAAGACUUUGUGGAACAUCUGUUACAAGGUAUUGAUCAUUCAUCUCUUGUCACUCGUCUAAUCAGGUAUGUUGCAUUACUCAAUUGCUAUGUGCAGAACUCCUACAUCCCAGUAUCCCACUGUGAAGCUUUUUUGGGGUUAGGAAUACAGAAUGAUAGAGUCCGACAGCAUUACUUUGAGUACUCAUUAAGUGAACAAGCAAGACUUGUAUUUGUUCAUUUGAGAGAGAAUCCAACCUACAUCUCUUCAAUACGUAUAAUUCAUCCGUUAGUUGCAAAGGAAAUUCUGCACCAACUCUCAGGUAACCAGCAACAGAGUGCAAUUGCAAUGGAUCUUCUUCAGGAAAACUUGCUUUUUGAGCACAGGUUUGGACGAGAUGACUUUAAGAAGUUCAGUAGGAAUCUCUUCAUGAGACGUUACAAAAGAAGCAAGGGAGACAACACUGAUAGCUUAUUUUCCCCACUUAUUGAGCAUGUAUGCGAUGAAGAAAACCCAACCAAAGCUAUAGCACUUUUAAAAGCUGCAUAUAUGAGAUUUGGCAAGGAUCCAUUCUUUGCACAACAACUUGCACGAAUACAUUACACACAUGAACAUUUUGAGGAAGCCAAACAUUGGGCAGAAGUAGCAAAAUCACACCUGCCACAUGACUCCUUCAUUCUGCACACAGAAGGUCAGGUUUAUAAGAAAUGGUUCUAUGUUAAAGAUGAUUUACUGGACAAAGAGGAAGCAACAGCUGAAAACACUGCCGAGAUCAUUGAAAUUGCACUAAAGGCAAUAGCGUGCUUCAGAGCUUCUCAAGCUGCAGCUAAAUCAGAAAAAGAUUUUAUGAAUAAUUCUGGUUACUUCGGGCAAGUAGACGUUGGGUUUCGGUUGUUGCAGCUCAUUAAGUCAGUGGAUCUAUUUUCGAAUGAAAAUAGAAAGUCAGAACUGAUACAAUACCUGCUCACUGAUCACAUUCAAGAAGAAGUCAAAAAGCCAUGGCACAAAUUUCACAGCCAAUUGAAAGGCCUACAGAAGACCAUUUAUGAAGCUCUUGAAUGGAUUUCAGAAGAUCUGAGUUACUUUCAAACUGAUAAAAGUGAUGAAGAAGAACAAAAACAUAAAGAGCAGGAACACCUAUACAAUCCCAGGAAAUGGCUGUUAAGUAAAACCACUGCCUAUGCAAGCUUUUUUAGUGACAUGGUCAAAUCUGAUACCCAAGAACCGGAGUUAAUGAAUCCACAGGGUUUAACUCCAUUAAUGAGACGCAUGCGUAUCUACCAACUUGGUGGUGGCAACAUUACUACCAUCUUUUCUUUACUGACUGAUCAUAAAACUAGAAAUUUGGAAGAAAUAAUUAACAUGUAUCCUGAGGACCUUCAGAAGGAAAAGCUAGACCCUAUAGACCUGGUGAACUACAUAUUCUCUCAGAUUGCACUAGGAUGUGCUUCACCUCGUUCUCCAAAGCUUGUUACUCUACAGAAACUUCAAGAACUUAGUCGGCAGCUCUAUAAACAGAGCAACAACAGGUCUCCUACCAGUGCCUUCUUUCUGCAUUUUUUGCUGUUUUGGCCUGAUGAAUCACAAGACAUGGACCCUAGUCAACAUAAUAAAAUCUUGAUGUCUGCGAUCAGCACCUUGAAAGACCUGUAUGAAAUAAAAAUAAAAAAUGUGCCUCCAAGAAAAAAGCGAAUCUUCACGCACUUUUUCUUAGGGCAGAGAAAAGGUCUUGACAGGUUCAUUCACAGAAGCAAGCUUGAAAAACUCCUCAAUGGCACUCUAAAUGAAAAGAGAUUGAAGUGGCACAGUGGUGAAGUUUGGGCAACACCCGAAAUUACCCAGCUGUUGAAGCGUGUUCAAGGAUGGACAGAGAAUGGUGCGGUUUUUGUACAGGGCACCUGCAAGGGCAGCAAGAUCAGAGUUCUUCCAUUGCAUUAUGCUUCCAUGCCUAACGUCAAUGAAAAUGUAGUAUUUUACUUGGGUUUUUCAUUUGAUGGUCCAGUUGCUUUUAACAUUCAAGUUCUUCACUAAUGUACUUGCUUUCGUCUUUGCGCAAAGUAGCUAUUUGCUAAAGGUUUUUAAAAGACUGCAACUGACCAAAUGACAAAGUAUGAACAACUUAUGAUUAUAUCUUCGAAUGUGUUACAUUUGCUUAGGUUUACUCUUUAAAGAAUGCCUUAUUUUUUACAAUUUUGUAACUUUUAUUAAAUACUAAUUAGAACUGAAUUUCAAUUCAAAAUUUAGGAUGUGUAGUCCUUGUUUUUAUAUUAAGCAUGUAACUACUGUAUAUUAAAUUUACCCUCAGGUUUGAUCCUGGUCAUUUACCUUAAUUGCAGUUUAUUAAAAAAAAAAAAAAAAAACCUCCAGCUACUAAUGUUAGUAAAUGUAUUUUUAUGCAGCAGCUUUUUGGAUGUAAGAUAUAUACUUUACCAAGAUCAAUAUAAAAACUACAGAAGAAGAUAGAACAAUGGAAAUGUUUGGUUACAGAUUUAAUAAUUGUCAUUUUUGUAAAAUCGAGUGCAUUGUGGAAAAAAUAAAAAAAGCCAGCAUCAGAAAUGUAAAGUUGUUUGCCAUCGAUCCUUACAAUAUGUUGCCAAAGUGCAAUUUUUUUGGUUGUGCAAAUUCCAGCAAAGACUAAAAACUGCAUGGUAAAAAAAAAAAAAAAAAAAAAGUUCAGACUACUGUAUAUGAUCAUGUUCUAUUACAGUAUGACAAGCCUACAGGGCAUCAAAUAAAACAGGAGUUUAAUUAAACAAUACCAGCAAUAAAAUAAACUUACUGCAGAGGAAGUUCAAAAAUAAAAAUGCACACUUGUGUAACCAACAUCUUAACAUUUAUUUAGUUGUUAACAUCUUACAAGAUUUGUUCAAAAGGUUGUCUUCUGUAGUUUUGAUCUCCAGCAGAUUCAUAAGACCUUGUCAUCUUUAAUGCCUACUACCUUAAACAUGCUACAAACCAGCUACACAAGAGUAAAUAGUCAUUGUCCAAAAAGUAAGGGAUACUAUACAGCAGAAACACAGGAAACCUUCAAGAGUGUCACUGUAAAUACAUAUCUGGGUUAUUUUACUUAAUCUCUGUAGCAGUGAAGAUUAAAAGAUAAGGGUGAAGAAUUAAGUGAGCUUUUAAAAAUAGGCCAAAUUCAUUUAAAAAGAUAAAACAUCAAGGUUGCUCAUUGUUAAUAAAAUCCCACGCAUGAAAUGUAUGUCAAAUCACUUGCCAGUCACUCCACAUUCUACAGACAGUAAACACACAGAUAUCUACAAUUGGCUACUGUAUAUUUCCCCAUAAAAUGUAAUUGAAUACAAAUCUGCAAAAGUUUAGAUCAAAAGGCAAAUUAGGUUUGAGUUGUGUCUUAAGAAUAUUCCUUUUUAGGCUUCAUUUCUCUUCCAAAAGAUUCUUAAUAAACAUUUUAUUCAGUGUAUCGCUGCAGGUGCAAUUGACACAGGCUAUGUAACAAAGCAUCUCCUUUUGAAGUAAAAUACAAAGACUGCUGCCUCCAGUUUUCUGCAGAGGCACGUAAUCACACAUUUAACACAUAACUUUACACACCCAAAUUCAAAGCCAUACCUCAUGUCUGGGUUUUUUUUUUGUGUUAUUUAAAAUAAUAGAAUAGCCCAGAUUCUUAGCAUUUUGACGUGGUUGGGCAACAAGCGGGUAUGGCACUUAACAUUUGGGGAAUUACCCAAAGACAAUCUGUGCUCCGCAUGAUGGCAAAGUGGUAUUUCAAAUGCAAGCUAUUCCUUUGCCAAGCGGUCCUUCAGCUUGGAGCUGUUACUUACCCAAAUAAACUUGCUUAUGUGAGGAUUCGGACACAUAGCAAUCUCACAGCUCUGCCAAAAAGUUACAUUCCUGAAUCACUGGUACUGGAGUGUUAAGCAAUUAGGAACCCCCUCGCCCACUCCCUCCCAAAAAAAACACCACACACCAACCACAAACCAACAGUAGUGUUUAAAUAAAUAUAACCUAUUUAUUUGGACAACAAAAAAGGCAAGAGGCAUCCAUGAAAAAAGGACAACAGCCAAUGUGUAUUUUCUUUGGAUCUAUGUAAUACCAAUACAUGUUUGACAGCAGCAGAAACUACUUUUUAUAUACACACACACACAAUUGAAAACAUAAUAAAUCUUGACACAGGAAUUGCAUGUUUAUUUGAACAGGAAAGAAGCGCUACACACUAUCAACUAUUUCUGCUCAAGACAAGACCAUUUCAACAAAAUAUAUUCUUAAAAAUUGCAGGUACUUACAGAUUAAACUAACCUGUACUGCCAGUGUUCUGGGCUUUUCCUUCAAUACCAGUAAUUAAUAAGUGCUGAAAUGUUGCUGCUACAGUUAACAGAAACACAAAUUACAUUAAAUGGCUAAAGAACCGAAC